AAAAGACCCGGUUUAGCGUUAUCAAUUUCAAGAAUUCGUUGUAAUUUUGGUCGAUAUAAAUCAGAAAUUGCUAUCAAUUCUAAAGAAAUUGAGCAAACACCAAAUAACUUACCUUUAGCAGGAUAUCGUGUUGUCGACCUAACACGUAUUUUGGCUGGUCCUUAUUGUACAAUGUUGUUGGGUGAUCUUGGUGCUGAAAUAAUCAAAGUUGAGAACCCCAAACAUGGUGACGAUUCGCGCACAUGGGGUCCUCCAUGGGCAUAUAAUAAAGAUCUUAAUGAUAAAUCCAGCCCUGAAAGUGCAUAUUUUCUUGCCGUUAAUAGAAAUAAGAAAUCUAUCACAGUAAAUUUUAAAACACAGUUAGGUGCUCAAAUAAUAAAGGAUUUAAUAAAAAAAAGUGAUAUAUUAGUAGAAAAUUACAUUCCAGGUAAAUUAGAUAAAUUGGGACUAGGUUAUGAAGAAUUAAAUAAAAUUAAUCCGAAGUUGAUCUAUGCUUCGAUUACUGGGUAUGGUCAAACAGGCCCCUAUGCAAAACGUGCUGGAUACGAUGUGAUUGUUGAAGCUGAAGCUGGCCUUAUGCAUAUUACUGGUGAAGAAGGUGGCGAACCAGUUAAAGUUGGAGUAGCCAUUACGGAUUUAACAACUGGACUUUACACGCACGGUGCUAUUAUGGCGGCACUUAUAUCAAGAAUGCGAACAAAUCAAGGACAAAGAAUUGAUUGUUCGUUAAUUGAAUGUCAAGUUGCUUCGUUAGCAAAUAUUGGCAGCAAUUAUCUUAUUGCUAAUCAAGAAGCAAGUCGGAUGGGAACUUCACAUAUUUCCAUUGUUCCAUAUCAAAGAUUUAAAACAAAAGAUAGUUUUAUUAUAAUUGGAGCGGGAAAUGAUGGACAAUUCAAAAUUUUAUGCAAUGCCAUUGAAGAAAGAACUUUAUUACAAGAUGAAAGAUUUAAAACAAAUUCAAAUCGCGUCAAAAAUAGAAAAGAAUUGAUUGAUUUAUUACAAAAAAAAUUCAUUGAAAAAGAUACUGAAUAUUGGUUAUCUGUUUUUUCUGAUAAAGGUAUUCCAUUCGCUCCAAUCAAUAAUAUUAAAAAAACCUUUGAGCAUCCUCAAGUUAUUGCCCGUGGAAUGAUUCAAGAAGUUGAACAUCCAAAAUCUGGAAAGAUUAAAUUGACAGGAAUACCUGUUAAAUAUAGCAAAGAAGAUCCAAGAAUAAGAUUACCGCCUCCAACUCUUGGGCAACAUACACAUGAAGUUCUGAGUAAUAUUUUAGGUUAUUCUGAGGAUAAAAUCAAAACUUUGAUAGAAGGGCACAUUAUUAAUUAAACUCAUCAUCAAUAAUACAAUAUAAUAUAAUAAGGCAAAUUUUUAUUUAAAAAUGCAAUUCAUAUAUAUGUUUUUUCUUGAAUUAAAUAGUAAUUAAAUAAUUU